GGUUGAGGACGUAAGAAUGUGAGCGGGAACCACCGUAACAUUGGCCAAGUGUCCCCCGGGACGAACCGUUUCAACCGACCCGUUUAAACCACGUUUUGAUGGUCACAUGUUUUAAAUUCCUGCUUUAACUUCUCUCACAUUCGAUACGUGGGAAGACGGUCGCUGCCGUUUGGUACGCAUGCGCAUUGGUCAACCAGGAAGCCCAUCGCGGAGCAAGGCAGCUUCUGUUUUUUCGGCGAAACUCUGCAGAUAAACAUAAAUUAAAAAAACCCCAAAACAUGCAGCUUCACUUCACCAGGGACGUUUUACCGGACUCGGUCAGCACCGACUUCCAGAACCUGAACAAACUCAACGAGCAGCAGUUUCACCGUCUGAUUGAAAUUCUGUUCCAGUUCCUCCUGGAGCCAAAAGAGACGGAGAGGUUCAUGCAGCAGCUCACUGAGUUUGCAGGGGAACAUGGGAUGAGCGCUGGUCCUCUGAGGAACCUGAUGAAGAGCGUCCUCCUGGUGCCGCAGGGAGCCCUGAAGAAAAACCUGACAGCCGAGCAGAUCAAAGAAGACCUUGGGACAUUAGGACUAAACGAGGACAAGGCGGCUCAUUUUUCACAGCAGUGGGGGGAGCACUAUGCAGCGCUUUCCAGACUUGCUGUAGGACAGACUCUGAUGGUGAACCAGCUGGUUGACAUGGAGUGGAAGUUUGGAGUGACUGUCGGCACCAGUGAGAUUCAGAAAGUGGGCAACGUCUUUCUGCAGUUAAAACUGGUGGUCAGAAGGGGGAAUUCCACGGAGAACGUCUACAUGGAGUUGACGCUCCCUCAGUUUUACAACUUCCUACACGAGAUGGAGAGAGCAAAGGCCAGCAUGGAGUGUUUCAGCUGAGUGUGUGUGUGUGUGUGUGUGUGUGUGCGUGUGUGUGUGUGUGUGCGUGUGUGUGUGUGGCGCUGCCAACCCCCCAGUAACUGAAGCUAAACACAAAAACAAAUUGUUAUUUUCUGACAGACAUUUCUACUCAAAUCUACCAAUAAACACGAGUAAAAAGAAAACACUCACUCACUUUCAACUUUCUUGAACCGAGAUGUGAACGAAGCCUGACUUUUAAUAAAUACUUUCUCCUUGUCUGUUGUCAAGAUGAAACUUCAGUGAGCCCUGUCGAGAAAUUCUGGCAUUUCAAAUCGAAAACAGAAACUGUAAAAUGAAGAGAGAAAGUUAACCUCA